UCCUUCCCUCCAUUCCCUCCUCUCCCCCUAUCCCGACACUUCUCUCUCUUUCUUUUUCUUUUGGCCUCCGCUUGCCAGAGGCUGCUUCUUAUCUUCAUUGUCAAGCUUCAAAUUGAACGGAAGAGAGGGAGAAAGGAAAAGCGGAGCUGGAGGAGCUGGAAGGGAGCGGUGGUGUCGAAGCCUAAGCUACAUUCAGUUAGCUAAGCUACCGACAACACUGACUUAGGAGAGAAAAAAAAUCAAAAAUGACGAACCCGGCUAGACCGGCGGAGGGAAUGGAUCCCCAAACACCGGUAGCGGGUGGAGCGGGGCCGUCGUCACUGACUCGACGGCCGUCACGCAGCGCCGCCACCACUACCUUCUCUAUGGAGGUGUUUGACAACGAGGUUGUUCCCUCUUCUCUCCAGUCCAUUGCCCCAAUCCUUCGCGUCGCUAGAGAAAUCCAAAAUGAACGCCCUCGUGUCGCCUAUCUAUGUCGGUUCUAUGCGUUUGAGAAGGCGCAUAGAUUAGACCCCACCUCAAGUGGACGUGGUGUUCGGCAGUUCAAAACCAAUCUCUUCCAACGUUUAGAGCGUGACAAUGCGUCGAGUCUUGCUUCUCGGGUGAAAAAGACUGAUGCACGGGAGAUUGAGAGCUUUUACAAGCAAUACUAUGAGCAAUAUGUCGUGUCUCUUAACAAGGGAGAACAAGCAGACAGAGCUCAGCUUGGCAAAGCAUAUCAGACUGCUGGAGUGCUUUUUGAAGUUCUUUGUGCUGUUAAUAAGUCUGAAAAAGUUGAAGAAGUUGCUCCUGAGAUCAUUGCCGCAGCAAAUGAUGUUCAGGCCAAAAAGGAAAUAUAUGCCCCCUAUAAUAUUCUUCCCCUGGAUUCAGCUGGAGCGUCCCAGUCCAUUAUGCAACUUGAAGAGGUUAAAGCGGCAGUUUCUGCUCUCUCGAAUACACGUGGCUUGAAUUGGCCAGCUUCAUUUGAACAACAAAGGCAAAAAGCAGGGGAACUGGAUGUUCUAGAUUGGCUAAGGGCCAUGUUCGGGUUUCAGAGGGAUAACGUAAGAAACCAGCGGGAGAAUUUGAUUUUGCUUCUUGCAAAUAUUCAUAUAAGGCUAAUUCCCAAGGCUGAGCCACUUAACAAGCUUGACGAUCGAGCUGUGGACGCACUAAUGAACAAGUUGUUCAAAAACUACAAAACAUGGUGUAAAUACUUGGGAAAAAAACACAGUUUACGGCUUCCUCAAGCCCCACAAGAAGCGCAACAGAGAAAAAUACUUUACAUGGGCCUUUACCUUCUAAUCUGGGGUGAAGCAGCUAAUAUUCGCUUUAUGCCGGAGUGUCUAUGUUACAUCUUCCAUAAUAUGGCAUACGAACUCCAUGGCCUCUUAGCUGGAAAUGUCAGCAUUGUCACUGGAGAAAAUAUCAAGCCUUCUUACGGUGGAGAUGAUGAAUCUUUUCUACGAAAGGUCAUUACUCCCAUUUAUCGAGUGAUUGAUAAGGAAGCCAAGAAAAGCAAAAAUGGAAAAGCACCAUACUCAACUUGGUGCAAUUAUGAUGACCUCAAUGAAUUUUUCUGGUCGCAAGAUUGCUUUUCUUUAGGUUGGCCUAUGCGUGAUGACGGUGAUUUCUUCAAAUCAACACGUGACACCACACAAGGAAAAGGAGCUUCUGCUAAAAAGCCUGGAAAAAUGGGAAAGUCCUAUUUUGUUGAGACCCGAUCAUUUUGGCAUAUCUUCCGAAGCUUUGACCGUCUUUGGACCUUCUUUGUCCUGGCUUUGCAGGCCAUGGUCAUAUUUGCGUGGAGUGAUAUCUCUGUGUUGGAUAUAUUUCGGAAGGAUUCUUUAUACAACUUGUCCAGUAUUUUCAUCACAGCAGCGUUUCUUCGCUUUCUCCAAAGCAUCCUGGACCUUGUUCUGAACUUUCCGGGCUAUCAUAGAUGGAAGUUCACAGAUGUACUGAGGAAUGUUCUGAAGAUAAUCGUCAGCCUUGCAUGGUCUGUCAUCCUCCCACUGUUUUAUGUCCAAGAAAGCAACUCAGAGCUAUUUACGAAGAUUCGAAAUUCCCUGACAUUUCUGGACAAGAUGAAGGGCAUUCCUCCUUUGUACCUAAUGGCUGUGGCUGUAUACCUACUACCCAAUUUACUCACUGCAGUUUUGUUUAUAUUCCCAAUGCUCCGUCGAUGGAUUGAGAACUCGGAUUGGCUUGUUGUAAGGUUUCUACUGUGGUGGUCACAGCCAAGAAUUUAUGUUGGGAGGGGAAUGCAUGAAAGUCAAUUUGCACUAAUAAAGUAUACUCUUUUCUGGGUGCUACUUCUUUGUGCAAAAUUUGCCUUCAGCUAUUUUAUUCAGAUAAAACCCCUUAUAAAACCCACGAAAAUGAUAAUGGACAUCAAUCGCGUUCAGUAUGCUUGGCAUGAGUUCUUCCCUGAUGCUAGGAGCAACUAUGGGGCUGUGCUUUCCCUGUGGGCACCAGUUAUCUUGGUUUACUUUAUGGAUGCUCAAAUUUGGUAUGCUAUUUUCUCAACUUUGUGUGGUGGUGUUAUAGGGGCCUUUGAUCGUCUUGGUGAGAUACGAACUCUAGACAUGUUAAGGUCAAGAUUUCAGUCUCUGCCUGGUGCAUUCAACUCUUACUUGGUGCCUUCUGACAAAACUGACAAAAAGGGAUUUUCCCUCUCCAAGAGUUUUAAUGAGGUUUCACCCAGUAAGAGAAGUGAAGCUGCAAAAUUCGCUCAGCUAUGGAAUGAAUUUAUAUGCAGUUUCCGUGAAGAAGAUCUUAUAAGUGAUAGGGAGAUGGACCUAUUACUUGUUCCUUAUUCCUCGGACCCCAGUCUGAAAGUUAUUCAAUGGCCACCCUUUUUGCUUGCUAGCAAGAUCCCAAUUGCAUUGGACAUGGCUUCACAAUUUCGUUCUAGAGAUGCUGACCUUUGGAAGCGCAUAUGUGCGGAUGAAUACAUGAAGUGUGCUGUUAUUGAAUGUUAUGAAUCUUUUAAACUUGUUCUUAAUGCCCUGGUUGUUGGAGAAACUGAGAAAAGGAUCAUAGGAAUCAUCAUAAAAGAAGUUGAAAACAGCAUUUCAAAGAGCACAUUCCUUGCGAAUUUCAGAACAGGUCCUUUGCAAAACCUUUGCAAGAAAUUUGUUGACCUACUUGAGAUACUGAGAGAUGGAGAUCCAUCUAAAAGGAACAACGUUGUCAUAGCGCUGCAGGAUAUGUUAGAAAUAGUGACCCGAGACAUGAUGGUGAAUGAAAUCGGGGAACUAGUAGAACUUGGUCAUAAUGGAAGGGAUUCAGGGAAACAACUCUUUGCUAAUACUGACUCGAGAACAGCUAUUGCAUUCCCUCCUCCAGUGACAGCACAGUGGGAAGAACAGAUUCGGCGUCUUUAUCUUCUCUUAACUGUAAGAGAAUCAGCAGUUGAAGUUCCAACAAACCUUGAGGCACGCAGAAGGGUUCACUUUUUCACAAAUUCAUUGUUCAUGGAAAUGCCACGUGCACCUCGAGUGCGCAAAAUGCUUUCAUUCAGUGUCAUGACGCCAUACUACAGUGAGGAAACUGUCUACUCAAAGGGUGAUCUUGAGAUGGAAAAUGAAGACGGUGUAUCAAUCAUUUACUACCUCCAAAAGAUUUAUCCAGAUGAAUGGAAUAACUUCAUGGAACGUCUUGGGUGUAAAAAGGAAUCAGAGGUCUGGGAAAAUGAUGAAAACAUCUUGCAGCUACGUCAUUGGGCCUCCUUAAGGGGACAGACUCUCUGCAGAACAGUUAGAGGAAUGAUGUACUACAGGAGAGCUUUGAAGCUUCAAGCAUUUCUCGACAUGGCUUCAGAAGGAGAGAUUCUUGAAGGAUACAAAGCUGUUACAGUACCAUCUGAGGAGGAUAAGAAAAGCCAAAGAUCAUUGUAUGCUCAAUUAGAAGCUGUGGCUGACAUGAAAUUCACUUAUGUCGCUACCUGCCAGAAUUAUGGAAAUCAGAAGCGAAAUGGAGACCGGCGUGCAACUGAUAUUCUGAACUUGAUGGUCAAUAACCCCUCUCUCCGUGUAGCAUAUAUUGAUGAAGUCGAAGAACGGGAAGGUGGAAAAGCUCAGAAAGUUUACUAUUCAGUGUUGGUGAAAGCAGUUGAUAAUCUUGAUCAGGAAAUAUACCGUAUAAAGUUGCCUGGUGCAGCAAAGAUAGGAGAAGGAAAGCCUGAAAAUCAGAAUCAUGCAAUUAUCUUCUCUCGUGGGGAAGCUCUUCAAACAAUUGACAUGAAUCAGGACAAUUACUUGGAGGAAGCUUUAAAGAUGCGUAACCUUCUUGAGGAGUUUAAUGAAGAUCACGGAGUGCGUCCACCUACAAUAUUGGGUGUUCGUGAGCAUAUCUUCACUGGAAGUGUUUCUUCGUUGGCUUGGUUUAUGUCUAAUCAAGAGACAAGUUUUGUCACCAUUGGUCAGAGAGUUCUUGCAAGGCCCUUGAAGGUCCGCUUCCACUAUGGACAUCCAGAUGUAUUUGACAGAAUUUUCCACAUCACUCGCGGUGGCAUUAGCAAAGCUUCAAGGGGUAUCAAUCUUAGUGAGGACAUAUUUGCAGGCUUCAACUCAACAUUGCGACGUGGAAAUGUUACUCACCAUGAAUACAUUCAAGUUGGAAAGGGACGAGAUGUUGGUCUUAACCAAAUCUCUCUCUUUGAGGCAAAAGUGGCAUGUGGUAAUGGAGAGCAGACCCUUAGCCGUGAUCUGUACAGAUUAGGGCAUCGCUUCGACUUUUUCCGUAUGCUGUCCUGUUAUUUCACAACUACUGGAUUUUAUAUCAGCUCAAUGCUGGUAGUCCUCACAGUUUAUGCAUUUUUAUAUGGUAAACUCUACCUUGCAUUGAGUGGACUGGAACAGUCCAUUGUCAAAGUUGCAAGAUCCAAGGGUGAUGAUGCUCUCAAAGCUGCAAUGGCAUCACAAUCUGUUGUUCAACUUGGUUUAUUAAUGGCCCUGCCAAUGGUUAUGGAGAUUGGGCUGGAAAGAGGCUUCAGAACUGCUGCAGGCGAUAUCAUCAUCAUGAACCUGCAGUUGGCUGCUGUCUUCUUUACAUUCUCUCUUGGAACAAAGCUCCAUUACUUUGGCCGCACAAUUUUACAUGGUGGAGCGAAAUACAGAGCAACUGGGCGUGGUUUUGUCGUGAGACACGAAAAGUUUGCUGAGAACUACAGAAUGUACUCAAGGAGCCAUUUCACCAAAGCACUGGAAAUUUUGAUUUUGCUCGUAGCUUAUCAAAUUUAUGGCACAGCUGUUACUGAUUCUGUAGCUUUCUUGUUUCUCAGUGGCUCAAUGUGGUUCCUUGUGGUUUCAUGGCUGUUUGCUCCUUUCCUCUUUAAUCCUUCAGGCUUUGAAUGGCAAAAGAUAGUGGAUGAUUGGGAGGAUUGGGCCAAGUGGAUCAGCAAUCAUGGAGGUAUUGGUGUUCCGGCAACCAAGAGUUGGGAGUCUUGGUGGGAUGAGGAACAAGAGCAUCUGCAGUAUUCUGGUUUGAUUGGCCGCUUCUGUGAAAUUCUUCUUGCUCUGCGCUUCUUACUUUUCCAAUAUGGAAUUGUUUAUCAGCUAAAUGUGGCCAAUAAUGAUAAGGGUAUCAUUGUUUAUGGUUUGUCGUGGUUGGUCAUUGUGUUCGUCAUGGUCGUCUUGAAGAUCGUGUCCAUGGGUAGGAAGAAGUUCAGUGCUGAUUUCCAGCUGAUGUUCAGGCUUCUGAAAUUGUUCCUGUUCAUUGGCUUCAUAGUCACACUUGUCGUGCUAUUCAAAUUCCUAAGUCUUACUGUUGGAGACAUUUUUGCCAGCUUAUUGGCCUUCUUGCCAACUGGAUGGGCUCUUCUUCAGAUAGCACAGGCAUGUAGGCCAGUAGUGAAGGGCAUAGGAAUGUGGGGAUCUGUGAAGGCUCUAGCCAGAGGAUACGAGUACCUAAUGGGGCUCGUGAUCUUUGCACCUGUGGCUGUUCUAGCUUGGUUCCCAUUUGUCUCCGAGUUCCAGACAAGGCUGCUUUUCAACCAGGCUUUCAGCAGAGGGCUUCAGAUUCAACGUAUUCUUGCUGGAGGGAAGAAGCACAAGUGAGCUUAAUUAUCAAUCACACCAAACGUUCUGUAUCUUUGGUAAAGCAGAAGUAUGACUUCCACACCAUUGUUCAAAAUUCCACAUCAAGCCUUCUGCUCCCUGGUCCAGGCCACAUUGUAGAGCAUAAAAAUUCUUAGCAUAUUAUAGUUUCAGAAUACUACAGCACAAGAUGUAUACUCCUUUGUUAUAAAUGCAAAUAAUUGCUCAUAUAUGCAAUAUAUUUUUGGUUUAUAUUGAAGAUAAAUGAGAAUUCAAGAGUUUUAA